AUGUCGAAAUCGAAACUAAAUUCGCCUGAAUAUCUACUCCAACUUCUUCAACGCUUCAGUAAUUAUUCAGACCGAGUUAAACAAGUCCAUUCGUUGUUGAUUACAAAUGGGCAUCUCCUUAUUACCGAUCUAUGGAUUAAUACUCUUCUCUACAACACACUCAUUAGAACAUACCUCAAUCUUUGUAGGCCCCACACUAGCCUUGUCCUCUUCGUUCGCAUGCUUCAUGAUGAAGCUCCUCCUAAUAGCCACACUUUCCCUUCUGUUCUUAAAGCCACUGUAUCUCUUUCACGAUCGUAUAUCACAUCACCUGUGGGUUACUCCUUUAAUGCGCAGUGUGUCAAACGAGGCCUACUGAAUGACCCCUUUGUGCGGACGUCGUUUCUUUCUCUUUACUCACAAUUCGGCGAUAUAAAGAGUGCACUUAAGAUGUUUGAUGAAAUUCCUCAACCUUGUAUAGUUUCGUACAAUGCGAUGCUUGAUGCUUUCGGCAAAAGUGGCGAUAUGGGUUUGGCCGUUUCGAUGUUCUUGAAAAUGCCCACGAGAGAUGUGUAUUCGUGGACGAGUAUUAUCAAUGGUUAUGCACGGAAUAAGUGCUUUAGAGAGGCGAUUAGUAUCUUCAAUGAGAUGAUGGUGGAUGAUGACGUAAUUCAUGGGUUCUUAAGGCCGAAUGAGGCUACUUUUGUCAGUGUCCUCUCUUCGUGUGCGAAUUUGGAUGAAGGUCUAGCACUGUAUCAAGGGAAGCAAAUUCACGGAUACAUGCUUAGAAGUGAGAAGGACUUGAGUGUUUUCAUUGGAACUGCAUUAAUAGCAUUCUAUGGAAAAACAGGAUGUUUGAGUUACGCCUACAAAAUGUUCGACACUAUGUCUCUGAGAAAGGUGUGCACUUGGAAUGCUAUGAUAUGUGCACUGGCUUCAAACGGUAGGGAGAGUGAGGCCUUAGAAAUGUUCAAGACUAUGACAUUACGCCCGAACGAAGUUACCUUUGUAGGUGUAUUGUCAGCUUGUGCUCGAACAAAACGUGUUGACUUGGGACUCGAUCUGUUCCGAUCGAUGUCACGUGAUUUUGCUAUUAAACCUAUGAUGGAACACUAUGGAUGUAUUGUUGAUCUAUUAGGUAGAGCUGGCCUUUUGAAAGAGGCGUAUGAAUUUGUGAAGAGCAUGCCUUUUGAGGCUGACGCCUCUGUUUUGGGUGCUCUUUUGGGUGCUUGUAGAGUUCAUGGUGAUAUCGAUUUGGGAAACGAGUAUUUAUGCUGGUGCGGAAAUAUGGGAUAG